CCGGUGUUUACGGUAACUGUUAAUCAGACUCAAGCUGAUUAUUUGGUCGUCAUUUAUUUCAUUAACUACAAUAUGUUUCCUUAUUUAUUUUACAGUAUUUUCUUUUUUACCAAUCUUUCUAUGCUUUUUUUGAUGCGUGUCCAAUAAUGUUGACUAGAUCUUACCGAAAAAGAGAAAAUUAAUGCUGAUUUGUACAAAUUUGCGUGAAUGGGUGAUUUCGUACACUACCCCAUCUGACAACAGUAUCUCACAAGUGACAGUGACCUAUUGAAAGCUUCUCUAUUAACAAUUUUGAUUUGUUUGGAUUGAUUACAACCUGCCAAGAAGAGUUGUUGAUGUUACAGGAAAGAUGACAUAAACCCAAAGGUCCCUUACCAUGAAAUCCUGGGUGCGGCCCAGCACUAAUAAGCUUACCGGUAUAUGAAAAAAGUAAGUUUUUUCAGUCGUCCAAAGGCAAUAGUUAAAUACCUGUGGCACCCGGGUGCAUCUAGAGCACAGCCCUGCUUUGGAUUGGACUACAUGGACCUUUGCUUAUAUGUUUUUGGGAAUUGCAGCUGGAGGACCCGUCCAGAGUUGGUUCAGCAGGAAGGCCUGGAUCAGGUCCCAAAGCAAGAAUGGCGGCUUUCUCUCGGCCAGGUUCAGCUUAUGUUCUGCAGUCGGACCCUUUUUCUAAGCGGCGCAGCAAUCAAGAGAGCUCUGAGUUUCCUCUCGGUGGACCUGCUGGCGGCGAUAUUUUAGCGGGAACGACGAGCGCACGAGAUCAAGUGGAGCAUGGGGGAAAGCCAGGAUUCUCUGUGUGGCGCACAUGAAGUCUCCUCUUACGCCUACAGUUACGUUUUGGGGCGUUUAUUUAUACAUUUCAAAUGUUCAACAUAACGACACACUUCUUUUUAAAUCUGCAUGACAAAGUGAAUGACACAUUUUGACAAUAAUUAUUAUUAAUGCAGUCAAUACUUUGUAUUCGUCAUUAAAUCAGUGACAUAUAUAAGUGUUGGCAAUUUUACAGAUUUCUCAUUCUUGCAACACAUUUUGUUUAUGAUGUCAUUGGAAUAAAUGCCCAUAAAUUGCUUAUUCUCUAGAACAUUUUCUUCUUUUUCACCCAUUUUCUACCGAAGCGUAUUAAGUUUCCCUUUUCUGUAGUGCUAGUUCAUUCCACGCAUUUGUUCGUUUUUCGGUCUUUUUCUCAGCCCAUUUGUUUCUUAAUAUCCGCAUUAAAAAAUAAAAAAAUAAAAUAAAAGAUUUCUACAAAGCCA